AUGAGCUUUAUUAUGGAUUUACUCUUGUUGGCAACUAGCUGGGCUCAUGUUCUUUUGGCGCCAUACACGAAAGUCGAAGAAAGUUUCAACUUGCAUGCAACCCAUGACGUUCUUAUGUAUGGAGUUGGGAGGGAUAAUCUGUACAAGUUUGAUCAUAACAUCUUUCCAGGCGCUGUACCACGGACAUUCAUAGGAAGCAUUCUACUUGCGUGGCUCACUUCACCUGUCGCCUACAUAGCAAGUCAGUGGGGCCUGCUAAGCACAAAACUCGAUCUUCAGAUAGCAGUGCGUUUGGUUCUUGCUACGCUGAAUGCAACAGGCUUCAUGUUGAUACGACGUGCCGUAUGUAGACGAUUUGGUCGUCCGACUGGCCUCAUGUAUGUCCUCCUGACAUGUUCGCAAUUCCAUCUGCCGUUUUGGAUGGGGCGGACAUUACCGAACAUGUUUGCGUUGUUCCCUGUUAACCUUGGAUUUUACGCGUUGUACGACAGAGCUCCACAGUCCCAGUAUCCUACAAGAAGGAGUGUCGAUGUUGCAUUUGCUUUACUAACGUUCACUGCCGUUGUGUUCCGUUCGGAAGUCGCGCUAUUACUAGCUCCUCUUGCUAUCCAAGCGCUUCUUCUCCGGCAUAUCAGUUUUAUGAGAUUGAUUAGAGUUGGCUUUCUGUCUGCUGUGUUGUCCAUUGGUGCGUAUUGUUCUUUGUACGCUGAAACGUCUGCAACUGUUGAGCGACUAGCUUUGACCGUCACCAUCGACUCAUACCUAUGGAACCAGUGGCCGCUGUGGCCUGAACUGUAUGGCAUAUAUUUCAACGUAUAUCAAGGCAAGAGUUCUGAUUGGGGCACAUCUCCUGUGCAUGCGUAUUUCCUUUCACACCUUCCAAAGCUUCUUCUGGGAUCCUUGCCAUUGGCUGUGCUCGGAGCUAUGUUGGAUAAUCGUGUCCGGGCCCUAAUGUAUCCCCCAGUACUCUCUAUUGCUCUCCUCAGCUGUUUGGGCCACAAAGAAUGGCGCUUCAUCAUUUACGUUGUUCCUUUCUUUAAUGUCGCCGCCGCUCGGGGUGCCCGGUGGAUGGUAAUCCGAAGGAAAGGUGGUCUUUUCGGAAGAAUAACGUUUCUCGCAGCUAUGGGCAUUCUUGCUCUGAAUUGUGUCAUCACUAUCGUAUCGACGCGGGCGUCGAUGGCAAACUACCCUGGUGGUUCUGCACUCGCAAUAUUCAACGAUCAAUAUGCAGACCAGCAUGCUGCGCAAGUUCACAUAUCUAACCUCGCAGCCCAGACUGGGGCCUCGCUCUUCCUCCAGAGUCAUUCACCACCUUACAUCCCAUCCAUUACCGCACCAGCAACAAAUGAUUGGGUCUACAACAAGACGGAAAGUCUGUCCCCGCGCGAUCUUACAGCGUCGACACCUUUCACUCAUGUCAUUGCCGAAUCUUCGGCAGAGUUCGUCAAGACUGGACGAUGGAAGUUGGUGGACAGCGUUCAAGGGUUCUCAAGAUGGAAGUUGAAUCUCCCGCGAGGCGGCAUCGCCAAGGUUCUGGAAGUUCCCCUUCAUCAGUGGUUAAGCGUGUUGGAGAUGGAGACAAAUAACCAGCUUUAUAUAUUAGAGAGAGCUAAGCAAGAUGAUACUUGUCAAAAUUGA